AUGGCUAUCUCAGACAUUAUCACGGCUGCCUACAACGGCUUGAAGAGCGUGGCGAGCAAGAAGAACGAGGAUCGGACUCCUGACACCCAGGUCCAGGUUCCCCAGAACAUUCAGCUCGAGGUUUCCCAGAACCUGUCUCUGGACCCUCUCAUCAAGUGGGCCGAGAAUGAGCUGGUCAAGCUGGCAAUGCUCCCCAUCUGCGAGGCCGUUCUGCUGGGCCUGACUGUUCUCAAGGGUGUGGCUAAAGUCGACAAGCGAGCAGUCCCUCUGAUCCUUGUAGGAGCCUGUGAUCUGCUCCACCCUGUUAUCGAAAAAGCUAUCGGAUACUCUUUCGACUGUGAAUACAUGCAGGGCGACUCCAUUCAGCGUGGAAACACUGGAAAGUCUUUCACCAACGUUCUGACUCUCAUGGACACUAUGGGAGACGACGGAAAGGCCUUGCGAUACUACCUCAUGGGUCUCACGCAAUGUGGAAAGCCCGACACUCCCUACAUUGACACCUCUAAACUGGGCUGGUACCCUCCCAAGCCCGAUAACAUCACCAUUGCUCCUUCUUCUAACGAAACUUUCAACGUCCUCCACAUCUCCGACUUCCAUCUCGAUCUCAAGUACCAGAUUGGAGCAGAGUCCCAGUGCGACUACUACAUGUGCUGCACCGACCUCUCCAAGAACCAGACCGCCAUCAACGCUGGUUUCCACGACCCUCUGAUCCCUGCCCAGUCCAUGGGAACUUACCAAUGUGACUGUCCUCAGUCUCUGAUGGAAGAUUCCCUCCAGAACGUAGUUGACAUCAACAAGGACAAGAAAUUCGAGUUUGGAAUAUUCACUGGUGAUAUGGUUGCCCACGACCCCGAUGAGUACUACAGCAAACAGAAUGUCCAGGAUAACGAGGAGCAGGCCUACAAGAACCUGAAGCAGUACCUUGGUGAUCUCCCCAUUUACGCCACUUUCGGAAAUCACGACACCUAUCCUAACUCCCAGUUUGCCCAGGACAAGUCUGGCUUUGGAGGUGAGUUCCAAUGGAACACCGACCUUGUUACUGGGCUUUGGAAGGAUUAUGGCUGGAUUGACGAGGCCGAGGCCAGCAAUGCUGCACACACUGUUGGAUCCUUCGCCGUCACCACCAAGAGAGGUCUGCGAGUCAUCUCUCUCGACUCCAACUUUUGGUACAAGAUGAACCUAUACAACUACUGGAACAUUGCCGACCCCGAUCCCUCUGGUGUGUUCAAGUGGUUCGUUGACGAACUUGUGGAGUCCGAGAAGAAGGGAGAGCGAGUCUGGGUUGUCACCCAUGUCCCCACUGGCGGAGCUGGAGAUGGUCUCCCUUGGUCUUCUGAGGUUAUGCGGCAGAUCAUCGUUCGAUUCUCUCCUCAUGUGAUUGCCGCUGUAUUCUACGGACAUACUCAUGCUGAUCAGUUCACCGUCUACUAUGACACUCCCCAUGGAUCUACUGACAUGACUGACCCUCUUACCACUGGCUGGAUUGUUCAGUCUAUUACUCCUGUCGACUUCUACAACCCUUCCUGGAGAUACUACGAGGUGGAUUCCAAGACUUUUGAGAUCAUGGACUCCAAGAACUACUACACCCAGUUGGACCAGACCUUUGACUACGAUCUGAGCAAGCCUUACCUCGCUAACGCCUCCUCUUCUUUCCCUCAUGUUGGAUAUGAGCCUCAGACCCCUGCUAAUGCCAAAUGGGAGUUCCUGUACUCUGCUCGAGAAGCCUACGAUCCCCACAACAACUGGCCCAAGGACGCUCCUCUGAACGCCACCUUCUGGGACCGAGUCAUCAAGAACAUCCAGAGCGACCCCCAGCAGCUCGAGACCUUCUACGAUAACUGGUUCCGAAAGUCUCCUUACACCAAGCAAUGCUCUGGCGGUGACUGUGCCAAGGAUACUGCCUGUUUCCUUGCCGGUGGCUCUUGGGACUCCCUUUACAAUUGCGAGGGCAAGUCUCCCAUUCGUGGUGGAGAGUAA